GAACGUUUUGCAUAUUAAUUGCAACAAAAUACUACUGCGCGAUCAACCUGUGCCCUGAUCCAUCCAUUCAGGACGGGAAGUUGAGCACUGCCUGCACGCCCUGAUCUUACGUUCUAUCAACACAUCGACGUUCUAUGUGCUUGUGAACAAUGGGGACGAACUCUAUCGUGUCUCUAGCAUCAAUUCAGUUACCUUCGCCCGCACGCAUCCUGCCUUCUUCAUGGUGUCCAGAUAAAGACUUGCUAGUGGUCAUCACCCGACUGGGUACCAAGGACAGGAUGAGCUUAUGGAAGAUGCAAGGAUCUAAGAAGUGGGAAAUCGGGUUUGACUUUGACGAUGCAUCAAGCCAGCACGAAGUUGUCAGCAUCUCAUGGAGUCCCGAUGGACAAGCACUCGCUGUCGCUCACAAUCCUCCUCGUGUCACCAUCCAUUCAAUCCAAGAUGGCCACCAGGAACGCUCGUUACCAAUCUCUCCGCCGCUGCAGGGACUAGGGACUCGGCGGACAGUCGCGCUGACCGGUAUUUGGUGGUUCGCGCCAGAGCAGAGGAACACAAAAAACAGUAUCCCUGAUAUAUUCAAGCGAGACAAUAUUAUCACAGGUUCUGCUCACUCGGUCCUCAAGGGUCAGCCGUUGCUUGAUUCCUUGCAAGAUGAGUCGCAACCGUUAACUGCUGCCGACCUCUUUGCUUUCCACAGCACGCAUACUCGGGCCCUGACAUCAUCUUUGCCGGAAAUGAUCUCAGCUUGGCCAACACUACCGCAGGAUCUCCUUGUUGCCUCGAUUAAGCCAUCUAAGCUCUGGGGAGGCCCUCAUCCCGGAGAGGAUCUGGAUGAGGUUGACACAGCAAAUGUCGACAGCGUGCUGGUAGCCACUGAUGACUCAGGACACAUGUACGGUUUUCUUGACGGCAGUUAUCCCCUCGGCGUGGUCGACCCGGGCUUGGAAUUCUCGACGAUCUCUCUACUGAAGGAGAAAGACCUGUUCCUGGCUCAGUCUCGCUUUUCGCAUUCGGGACAAACGGUCGCGAAGCUGCUGCCAAUAAUUCUGCGAUUACCGCAAUUGCAACAACGUACACUACGCGAAGUGGCUAGAACAUCAUCUUCUGUGCGUGAGCUUGUGUGGUACACAAUGCGCGUGGUCAAGGAUAUGCGUGCAGCUUGGUUCGGCUCCGACACUCAAAAUGGCGCUCGAGAACUUGGUCCAAAGUGGGUGCAUGCUCUCGAGGAAAGACAAAGGGUUGAGUUUGGCUACGAUGAGCCCCAUGCCAUGCUGGAUUUGACGUGUCUUCUGGCUACUGGUCGCACGUCCGAAUCUUUAAGCGAUUACCUCGGAAGCGGAGAACAAAUGAGCGAAAGAGGCCUUCAGAAGUGGGAGUCAACGAUGGUUGACGCGCUGACCAAGUUGCGCGAUUAUGCAGAGAAGAGAGUGGCUCCCGCCUGCCAACGUAUACAGGUCUUGCUAGAAGAGGUGCUGGGAUGGUCUCGACUGUCUCAAUACGAUGCCUGUGACCUCAAUGCGUCUCACAUACAUACAUGCCUUGAACUCACAGGCCGUGCCAUCGUGCUCUCAGGAUGGCUAGCUGCAACUGCUCGCCGUGAACUUGCCCGGUUCAAGGAGUUUAUGACCUGGCUGAAACACGAGACAUCUCAUGCAAGCUCAUCGUCCGACCAUAAUCAUCCCGCGCCCAAACAUGACAUCCUGGAAGUGAACGACUACCUAAUGUCCGGCCUGGUGGUUAGCGCUAUCGACAAGUGGUUCAUGGGACCAGUUCCUUCAUUCUCGCCUCACGAUUUAGGCGUGCCCAGGGAUUGGCAAGACCUGCACGCUGUGAUGCAUCGGGCUCGUGCUAUACUCAACGAGCCGAAGCAGCUUGAAUGGGGGCUCAACGUGAAGCAGAAAGAUUUAUCCCACCUUGAUCGAAACCUUGAUUCAUUGAUUCAAGAUUUGGCGACACGCUGCCAAAGGAUUUUCUUGCAUGCGGCCAGCGCCGCGGCACGCUCAGCUAUCGUUGUCUCCAGCCCCAGUCGCGCUGGAAUUGACAGUGCAAUUUCACUGCAUGGCAGCAGUUCGGACUCCGGCACGCUGAUGCGGGAACGAACCGUGAAAGAGACGACUAAGCAGCCCGGUAAAUUCCAACAAUAUCUGCUCAUGCAGGCAGCGGGUAUCAACGAUCGGUCCUAUUUGUGUAUUUCACGAAUGCGCGGCGGGUAUCCCUCAGUACCAGCCUUCCACGUCGACAUUGCUGUGCUCGCUUGCUUACUUCCGAAGCAAGACGAGCGUGAGGAGAAAAUUCCAUUUGAUGUACUCGAUGCGGACUUUUUUGAUGACAGCAGUCUCGUGCUGGUGUACCGCAUCGAUCAAUCAGCUUUCCUUGCGACUAUUAGGUAUUCUGAUAUAACCUACCACACAAUAGAAGUGAAGCAAAACGUAAAUGACUUUACAAGAGAAGCGUUGAUGGCGAUCGUGGUUCAAGAAUUGCAAGAGAACAAGCUACUCCCAAUCAGUCCGCCUAUCUUGAAAUCCCGCCGCUUAACCGGAUGCAGGGAAGGGUCUGCGUCCCUGGCAGUCAACGGCAGGGUUGGCCGCCGCGUCGCUUGCGUUCUAGAUGAUACGGGGCUGGCGUUGGAAAUACUGGAUAUAGAAGGCGAGGAUGAUGAAUCAGAGAUGUCUGCGGUGGAGGCGUGAUGAAGCAAUAUUGGUCUCCACGCUCGCGGUGCCUUCGGGAGCAAUUCUGGUGGCUGCAGGAGGCGCCGUCCGCGUCGUCGGCAUGGGUCUGCCACGACGCCCGAGCGUGUAAUUCAAACAGCGAAUAUACGAUUAUUGCAAGAGGGUCCGCAGAUAAAGUGCGCGACGAGGCCGCGAAUAUCACACGUGCGGCGGCGAUAUGAGUGAGCGGACAAAAAAGGGAGGGCAGGGUCACACGGAUGGGAGACCGCCCACA